AUGUCUGGCGGUGACGAACAGGGUUUUGGUGUCUACCAGGAACCUCCGUUUGGGCGACAAUCCUCCGCGUCAUUUAGCUCCGUCCAUGACACCUUAGAACCGUCCGCUCCGUUCCCCCAGGCACAGGCGCCGACCACGUAUUCUCCUUUACCGUCUGCCCUACUGCGACCCCAUAAUCACUCCACUUCCAAUCACCGGGCGUCGGGCGAUCAAUUGGAAGAUCACAGAGGCCGGGAGUCUCCCGAUCCUGCCGAUUAUUAUCGCCGUGGGGCCCAGUCGGCCUCCACCAAUGUAAGAGAAGGAUUCAACGAUGUAAUGCCGGAGAUGGCGGUCGCCGGUCGUUCUGCAGUGGGUGAUAAGGUAUCACCCGUGCCAGCAAAUAUGCUGGAGUCGUCGCGAACCAGACGCCAACCGUACCGCUCAACCUCCGACUCCCCAAAUUUGGGUCUCUCGGCCAUCCAUCCCCCGUCGGGCGCAAGAGCACGCCAGACCUCCUUCAAAGAUCUGGUCAACAGAUUCAACAACGCCCCCGACCAAGUCCUACCUCUUCCCUCCGUGUCGUCGCGUACCACUUCGAGAACUGCGAGCCCUGCUGGGAGUGCGGACGGAGAGCGCAACCGGGCCUUCCCACGUCGUCGCCAGCACCGCGAUUCGCUGCCGGGGUCAAUCACCAGUCAUCCUCGUGCGCCGGCCGCCUCUACGCCGUCAUCCCCGGAGACCGGUCGAUUCCCUCCAGGGAAUUCAAACGGUGGCAUCCCACCGCUGUCGCAGCGAUUCUCGGAGUCCCAUUCUCGCCGGCCAGUGUUUGGCGGACUAUUGCCAAUCAACACCCAGGUCAACAACGUACCCCUGACGCGUUUACAGCGCCGUGGGUCGGAUGGGAGUAUCCCAAGCCCGAAUCCAGCCUUCCUUGAUCAACAAGAUCACUUCAUUGGCAAAACACCUCUCACGCCCACUGCGUGGUAUCUGGGUCACACCACCUCACUCGAGGCCGUCAACGCUGGAACGACCAACGGUCAACAUCGCAGAAUUCAGAGUGACUUGGACAACCCUUCAGUGUCCCUUGCCGAGCCUUGGACGUCGGAAAUGGCGGUACGAGCCCCCUUGCUUCGGGCCAAGACCGACUAUGAGUCGCCGCCGGACAGUCCAAGUUCCAGAUCCCGCAUUCCUGUCUCCUCCCACCGUCUUGUUGCUGCUUCCGGCCUUGAACCCCUAUCACCGUCCUCCAAUCCGACAUUCAGCAGCCGGUCUGCUGCAAUUACAUCGCCGCCCAAGGGCAGCAGCCGCCUUCCUAUCCGGUCACCCAAAUACAGCCCUCCCCGCAUGCCACAAGAUGAUCCCGCUACGUUUGCGCCCGCAUCGCGUACCCGACAGGAAUUAAGCGCGGCCCAGACCCGCAAUCAAUUAUCCGAAUCAAGUCGGCGGCUUCAGGCCUACAUUGCGGCACCACCGCCCAAGAAGUCUCCUCCCUUACGCAGCUCUCGACCCCGACAACCUGUUUCACACGGCUCAACGAUUUCAUCACGCUCUAGAAUUGAGGACAGGGUUUCGUCACUGCAGAAACAAGCCGGCAACAGCCCUCGAUCGUCACGUACACAACCGCGCAAACUGCCAGGAUUGGGCAAUGUUGAUUUCGAGGCUCGCCGCCAACACAUUCAGCAAGCCAUCAAUAGAAAUAAACAUGAGCAGAGAGAGAACAAACCUGCUGUGGAGAUCCAGAGCCGUCCUGUAACGGACGACGAGAACUCGCAUGCCGAUCUAGAUCACCCUAAGAAUGAUUCACAUGCGGUGCCUCCGGCUCUAAACAACACCCCACAGUCUGGCGAGAUGACUACUUCAGUCACAGAGUCGACUGGUGGAAUUGACUCGAGAGUCAAUGAACCCCAGAAUGUUCCAAGAUUGCAUCUCAACACAUCUCUGUCAACCUCCGAUACGGCCGCACCGCAUACGACGAUGGACUCGCCGACCCUUGGUGUACCCGAGGGAGUGAACUCUACAAUCGCAGGCGGAGAUCAGCCUGUUUAUACCGAUGUACCAAACACCGACGCACCAAACUCGGCUGUCUCGGCGAAUUCCGACGAGACUCAUGUUACAACCUUCGACCCGGAGCCGCAGUCUGGACUGCUGCAACGGAACCCCAGCAUCUCUCAUCGAACUCUAUUGAAUCAGAUCAUGCAUAUACGGGAGUCCAGUCCCAGUGAUGAUUCUUGCGAUGAGCCGGACUGCAGUGUUUCCGAGACCGACCAAGAGUCGGUCCAAAUCAUGCUCGGCGGUACGGCCUUCUACGAUUCCUCAAGUAGCGGAAACACACAGGAGGUACGGCUUCCGCCGGUACAAGCACCCCCAGCCGGUCAUGAGCCCCGCAAUCGAUGGAGUGUUGGGUCAUGGUCUUCUGUGCAAAAUCAGAACUCCACCUGCGAUGAGCACUGUGACGAGAGCGGUGAUGAUCUCGGUCUCUCGAGACAAAAUACGGAACCCCCGACUGAAACUUGUUCAGCUGUAUCCACACGGCCAGCUUCUAUCGCGGAUUACGAUGAAUCACAGCCUCUGCAGGAUCAUGGGGUCAUUGGACCCAACACCCUUCGGACGCCUAGCAAUCGUGAAAGCAUGUUCUAUACACCGCCCAAUCUAGCAAGGAUGGGGAGGUGGGACUCCAAGCGCGUCACUCAGCUGUAUCUCGAGGAGCUCACUCGAGGCAGAAGCUACAGUUUUGGGUCAGCGGCCCAAUCCUCAUCUGAGCCUCGGUCUCAUCCCGCGAAUGCACGUGAAGAUGAACGCAAUAAUAGCCUGACAGACGAUCCCGUUGUCGUUCCUCCAUUCGAAGAUUACCAAAUCUCAGGUAAACUCUCUCAUACAGCCAGUUUGGUGGGCCGGGAUGACUGGGAGCACGCAUCCCCUUCCAUCAUGGACUGGAUGCAGGUACGAGCUGAGGAUGAAGCGGCGAACCCUACCACGGAUGCCGAUAGCAACCUUGAUGAAGAAGUGCUCACCCCUCGCGGGAUUCAUCCCACGCAGAACGGCGCCGAGAGCAAUGGUCUUGGCGUUUCCGUGAACCGGGAUUCUGGUCACGAGCAGGCACUAUAUCCACUGGCAAUUCCGCCGCCCUCUGGGGUUCCCCAAGAAGCUCCACCAGCCGGCACUGCCGCUCAUCCACCGACCCACACCGGGUCUGUUGUGCCCGGGGCUGCAGGAAACAGCCCGGACAGCAGCGAGAACUCUUCCUUCCGACGUAUAUUGACCAAUGAGUCUCCGGCUGCACCUGACUCUUCCUCUACUUCACUUGCCCCCUCCACGGAACAAGUGGCUCGGAUCGAGUCUAGAAAGUCGCCUUCACCCGAACAACGCCGCUUGAAGAAGAGACAGCAUAUCAUUAAAGAGCUUGUCGAUACCGAACACACUUUUGGUCACGAUAUGAUGGUUAUUGAAGAUAUUUACAAGGAAACUUCAUCUGAUGUGUUGGAUGUCGAUGACAUCAAGAUCCUCUUCGGCAACUCUGAACAAGUGGCAGACUUUUCUGAUCAUUUCCUGCACGACCUAAAGAAGGCAGCUCGAAGCAUAUACAUCAUCCCCAAGGCUCAGAGGUGGACCAGCCAGCGCAAUGCCGAGAAUCGGCCUCCCCAGAGCGAGCCUCCCGUUGAUGACCAACUUGCCGAAUAUGCAGGAUUAUCGGAUCUUGAGAAGGAUCGAUCUACCACGGUCGGCCAUGUCUUCAUUCGGUACGUGCAGCAGAUGGAGAAGGUGUACACAGACUAUCUGAAGAAUCACGACGCCGCCAACAAGAAGCUCCAGGCCCUGCAGCGGCUCCCAAAUGUGGGCAUUUGGCUUGGUGAGUGUCGCAACUACGCUUCUGAUCUCACGACUGCCUGGGACUUGGACUCCUUGCUCGUCAAACCCGUUCAAAGAAUCUUGAAAUAUCCCCUCCUUCUGCAGGAUCUUCUAGAAUCCACGCCACAUGAUCACCCAGACCGGGUGGCGAUCGCCAACGCAUUGGAAGAAGUCACCAAUGUUUCCCAUCGCAUCAAUGAAUCGAAAAAGCGUGCAGAUCUUGUUGGCCAAGCUGUGAGUCGCAAACGCAACCAGUCUGAUGUUCGCGCCGGUUUAUCCAAAGCAUUUGGUCGCCGCACCGAGAAGUUCAGACAACAAGUUGGUCUUUCGGACUUGUUCGAGGACAAAACAUAUGAUAUGUUGGCUCAGAAACUCGGAGAUGGCUACUUCCAGUUGCAGGUGGUCAUGCGCGACGUCGAGAGCUACUCUUCUGAUGUUCAACUGUGGGUCACUCAAUUCAGCGAGUACACCGAUGCCAUGGGCGAUGUAACGAGCAUGUCUCCCUCUCCUUAUCCUGAACUGGAGACCAAGUGGCAUCGGUUUAAGAUGACUGUUCAGGACGUUGUUACCACCGAGUUACCAGAACAUCUCGACAUCGUUCGCAAGACGGUCAUCUCUCCGAUGGUGGAGGUGCUUGGACUCUACAAUGCCCCUCAGCGAGUCAUGCGGAAACGUGAUAAGCGUCUUCCGGAAUACGCCCGCUACAAGGCUAUCAAGGACCGAGGCGACAAGCCAGACAAGAAGACCACUGAGCAAGGCGAGCAGUUUUUGGCGCUCAAUGAGACGCUGAAAGACGAACUUCCCAAGCUUUACGCGUUGACUGCUAAAUUGAUGUCAGCAUGUCUGAAGAACUUCAUCAAGACCCAAAGCGUGUGGUUUAGUGUCCUACAACGCAAGAUUGGAAACCACGUUGAUUUCCCUGGUGAUCUCCAAAGACUCGUCAACGACUUCAACAGCGACCACGCAUUGAUGGAGGCACGCAUGCAGGAGCUGAGCACCUGCAACGGGUCAAUGCUCGCCCACUCUCUCAACCUGGUCCCUCUGUCCCCCACCGAAUCCAAUGUCCAGUCUCCCCGGCGCCCCUCGACCAUCAACAGUGGAAAAACCCGACCAGAAUCAAUGAACGACGACUCCCCAAAUGCCUCUAGGGACUUCAGCAUCGGCAGCCAACCCUUCCAAUCCCCCCAGAUGGAAGCCCAAUCCGGACGUAGCAGCCGCUACCGCGCCAACUCCACCUUCUCGAACCGAGUAGUCUCCGACACCCCAAACCAAAUGCUCCAACAAGUCGUCAGCACCCCCAACUCAGGACGGAACAGCACCUCCAUCGAACCAUUCCCCAGUCUCCCUCGGCUAAGCCUCGACACCCCAUUCCUGGCCGACGUAAUCAACUCAACCCACAACAGCCAACCUGCCUCCCCAACAGAUCGAUACUCUGGCUUCUUCUCCUCCGCCAUGCCCAUGUCUGACAGUACACCCGAGUCUGUCCCGGACCGGCCCCGGCCCACUGGACCCGCCGCACUCUUUUGCGCCGCCAGUCUGUACGAUUUUGAUAUCGAUGCCCGCACAGAAGGCGGGUAUCCUUAUCUGACGUAUGCUUCUGGCGAUGUCUUUGACAUCGUUGGCGAAAAGGGUGAGCUAUGGCUCGCCCGUAAUCAGGAUGAUGCGACGGGUACAGUUGGCUGGAUUUGGAAUAAGCAUUUUGCGCUUAUUCGCUAA